UGUUGAUUAAUUUUUUUCAAUUGCAAAAUGUUACAUCAUUUAAUUUUUUCACAUAAUUCCGAUCGAAUUGUUUCAUUAACAAUUCGAACAAUUUUACAAUCCAAACAACGUUAUCAUUUUUAUUCAACAAUUAAUUCGAUAAACAGAAUUAUCGAUUCGAACAAGAAUUAUUGUCAAAAUGAUGAAUUUAUUGGAUGGAGGAAACGUUUAUUUAAAUUAUUAUUACCAAAUCGAUCAUUUAUUAAUCUUUGUCAAUCAUCAUCAUUUGUGUUGAAAUUUCAACAAUCUAAAAUUCGUUUCAAUGAUGGUAAUCAACGACAAUCAAGUCAAGGUGAUAAUAAUAGCAACAGCAGUGGCAAUAAUCGUAACAACGAUAAAGAUGAUCCAAAUCGUGAUGAUAAAAAAUUAAUGGCAUAUGGUCUUGUUUGGAUGGCACUUGGUUAUACAAUGAUAACAUUAAUAUCAUUAAUGUUUCCACCGGCUAAUAAACCAGAUGUAUUACGUUUUGUUUCAUGGAAUGAAUUCUAUCAUCAAAUGUUAUCAAAAGGAGAAGUAGAAUUAAUUGUCGUAAAACCAGAUCUCGAUCUGGUUACUAUUUAUCUACAUGAAGGUGCUAUUAUUCGUGGAAAAAAAGCACCAUUUCGUCAAUAUCAUAUGAAUAUUGUUGAUGUAAAAAAAUUUGAAUCAAAAUUACGUGAAGCCGAAGCUAAAUUAGGUAUCCGAUCUGAUCAAUCAGUACAGAUUAUCUAUGAACGUAAUCAGGAAAAUGUUUGGUUUGCAUUAUUAUCACUGUUGGUUCUUGGUGCAAUUGUAUCAAUGUUUAUGAGAAAUAGUUCAAUGUCAAAAUCACAAAUGAUUGGUUCAAAUAUGUUUUCCAAUUUAAGACGUGCAAAAUUUACUAUUGUUGAUCCAUUGAUUGGUGAUGGUAAAGGUGUACGAUUUAAUGAUGUUGCCGGUUUAAAAGAAGCAAAAGUUGAAAUAAUGGAAUUUGUUGAUUAUCUUAAAUCACCGGAAAGAUUUAAAAUGUUGGGAGCUAAAAUACCAAGAGGCGUAUUACUUUUAGGACCACCUGGAUGUGGUAAAACUAUGUUGGCUAAAGCUGUUGCAACUGAAGCAUCGGUACCUUUCCUAGCGAUUAAUGGUUCGGAAUUUAUUGAAAUGAUUGGUGGUCUAGGUGCAGCUCGUGUGCGAGAUUUAUUUGCCGAAGCAAGAAAACGUUCACCUUGUAUUGUUUAUAUUGAUGAAAUCGAUGCGAUCGGUAGAAAACGUAGCGGUGAACGUAUGGCUGGUGGUACAAGUGGUGAAGAAGAACAAACAUUAAAUCAAUUAUUGGUCGAAAUGGAUGGUAUGGGUCAACGUGAUGAAAUUAUAAUGUUAGCAUCGACUAAUCGUGCCGAUAUUCUUGAUCGUGCAUUAUUACGACCAGGUAGAUUUGAUCGUCAUAUUCUUAUUGAUUAUCCAACACUAGAAGAACGAAAAGAAAUAUUUAUUUCACAUUUUCGUUCGGUAAAAUCGGAAAAAGAACCGAAAUUUUAUGCAAAACGUAUGGCACAAUUAACACCAGGUUUUUCUGGUGCUGAUAUUGCUAAUGUUGUUAAUGAAGCUGCAUUACAUGCUGCACGUGUUGGAAAAAAAUUAGUACAAGCUGAUGAUUUGGAAAUAGCUAUUGAACGUGUUGUUGGUGGACCAGAAAAACGUACCGAUGUAAUGGGACCACAAGAAAAACGUAUUAUUGCCUAUCAUGAAUGUGGACAUGCAUUAGUCGGUUGGUUAUUACCGAAUACAGAUGCAUUAUUAAAAAUUUCAAUUGUACCACGUACAACAAAUGUACUUGGUUUUGCACGUUAUCUACCAUCGGAUAGAAAACUUUAUACACAACAAGAAUUAUAUGAAAGAAUGUGUAUGGCACUUGGUGGUCGUGUUGCAGAAGCAUUAACAUUUAAUCAUGUUAGUUCUGGUGCACAGGAUGAUCUGAAUAAAGUAACAAAAUUAGCAUAUACAAAAAUUCAAGUAUAUGGUAUGGAUCCAUUAGUUGGUAAUCUAAGUUUUGAUUAUGAAGAAAAUAAAUUUGGUAAAAAACCAUUUAGUAGAAAAUUAGCAAGAAUAAUUGAUGAACGAGCCAGGUUAAUGGUUGCACAAGCAUAUAAAGAUACUGAAAAAUUAUUAAAUAAUAAUCGUGAUAAAUUAAAAUUAAUGGCUGAAGAAUUAUUACUUAAAGAAGUUUUAAAUUAUUCCGAUAUUGAACGUUUGAUUGGACAAUCACCAUUUGGUAAAAAAAAUCUUGUUGAACAAUUAGAUUUAAAUUCAUUGAUUGAUACGACAUCUAGUGAUACAUCAACAACAACAACAACAUCCAACGAUAAUAAUAAUUUGAAUGAUGAAAAAUCAUCAUCAUCAUCUGAUGAAAAUCAGAUGCCGCCAUCAUCGUCACCAUCAUCAUCAAAUUCCGAAGACAGCGGUAAUGAUAAAUAGUUUUCUUUUUGCAUAAAUAAAUUGUCAAUUUCAUUGGAAAAAAAACAAAGCAAAAUAAAAAGCCUAAAAACCUUA